UAAUGAUUCGCGCACGAGAUGGAUCCUCGGACCGGGACAGAGGGGGGACAAGGAACUAGGUAUUCUCAGCUUGUCCGCCCUCGCCAGGCCUCGGACAGUCUCGGAGUCAGCGAACUUCGAAGAGAACUUCAAGAAGCACUCUCCAAUCGAGCUGCGGCAGAGUCAAGAGCUGCAGCAGAGCCGCCUUGAGCUCCAUUUUGGAGUUUGGCUCUUCCGGUAGUUCAGUUAGGACUAGUAUAAUCAACCGCUCUGUGCUUGAAAGAGGGCAAGGAAUUUCCAUCAGCAUAAACGCUGAUGUCAGCAGAAGGAUCUGUUUUGUAUGCUUUUGUUGGGGCAGCAUGGGGGACUACAUGCGCAGGGACAUGGGUGGACGCCCUAGCAGCCGGGCAAAUGUCCAACAGCUGAAACUGAUCGGGCAGAGUCAUCCUACGGGCCUCACUCCAUCCCUGCUGCGCCUUUUCGAGCCGCGCUCUCCCGUCGAUUAUAAGCCGCCGGUGGAAAAGAGGAAGCUGCCCCCACUUUCAGGAGUUGCCCAGUUUGUGGGUCAAUUUGCUGAGCCAGGGGAUCCAGAGUACGAGCCGCCUGUAACAAAAGGAGAAACAAAGAUUCAAAAAAAGGAGCGAAUUCGCGCAGCCAAGUUGGAGGUUGGGGCUGCGAAGUUGGAGGAGGCGCUGACACUGUAUGAUCCAGCAAAAGAUCCAAAGGUUGACGGGGACCCCUACAAGACACUUUUUGUGUCCAGAAUUAGUUAUGAGACUACCGAGCAUCGAAUCAGGCGUGAAUUUGAGGCAUAUGGCCCUAUAAAGAAGAUUCGGCUCGUCAAUGAGGAAGGAACGGGGAAGCCACGUGGAUAUGCUUUUGUUGAGUUCCAGCACACUCGGGAUAUGAAGGCUGCGUACAAGCAGGCGGACGGUCGCAAGGUAGACGGCCGCCGCAUAGUGGUGGACGUGGAGCGCGGCCGCACUGUGCCGGGCUGGCGCCCGCGCCGCCUGGGGGGUGGCCUCGGUUCCACCAGGAUUGGGGCCGACCAGGUGAACCAGCGUCACAGCGGGCGGGACCCUGCGGGUGGAGGGGCUUCUGCCAUGGAGGAGGAGGCUCCGCGUGUCAGGGACCGUGACCGUGAUCGGGACAGGGAGCGCGAGCGGGAGCGGGAGCGGCCAGAGCGAACAGACAGGGACAAAGACCGGGUGCGGGAAAGGGAUCGCGAUCGAGAUCGUGGAGGAGAACGGUCCGUGGAGCGAAGCGGAGAGCGGUUUCGGGACCGUGAACGACCUCGAGAGCGUGAACGUGAGAGGGGGGGCCGAGAGCGCGAGCGAGAAAGGGAGCGAGAGCGCGACACGGAUGUCAAGUUUGAUGAUCAUGGUAGGUCUCGGGAUAGAGAGCGUGAUAGAUGAUUGCAUAGCAACAGUGGGCACAUUGUCUGGGCUAAUCAUGCGACAAGUUGGCAGCUACAAGAGACCACUAGGUUACUAGCAUCAUUGAUCAAAGGAUACCUAGGCUCCACUUGUCCACAAGUACUCCGUCAAUGGAUGACCAUACAUUCGUUUUGCUCAUUGCACAUAUAUCUGUGAGUAGUAUUGGAUGGUGGUUGGAAGCACUUUUGCUUGAACGUUUGAGUUGGAAUGCGGUCUUUCAUUUGUCUUGUUCGCCCC